GGAUUGGUAUAAGGCGCUGUUAUACCAGGUGAGAAAGCUGCUUCUCCUCACCAACAAGUGGGAUGUUGGUGCGAGAUCUCCAAUAUUUUCAGUCCCUCAUGACUCCAACACAUUGAAACCAAGAGGGAUCGCUUACAUGGUAGCAGAUAUCUCCUACCAUGGAUGUGCAAGGGAGGGCCAUCGUCAUAUGUUAUUAUUAGCCGAGUGAGAUUUCCCCCUGGAAAAGGGCUGAGUGUCGACUCUUGAUCACCAAUUUUUUUUGGAUACACCGCAUCGUUCAAAAUUCUGCUGCUGAUGUGCCACACCUCCAUCUGCGACGACACUUUCUUCGUCAGGAUGUGGGAUAUCGCCAGCUCAUCUGGCAGGCAUAAGCCAUUGCGGCUAUCAGGACAUCGCAAGCAUAAAGAUCUAAGGUACAAGUAGAACUCUCUUCUAUCGUUGAAUUCAUACACUUCAAGUCCUGACAAACAAACUCUCAAGCUAUCUCACACUUUUUUUUAUGAUACCAAAUACUGAAAUGUUGGGCGCUGGUAAUAUUAUCGACAUAACCUUUGGUGUUAUAAGCGCCAUCCUCACGAUGAUAAGUAUUUACUUGAUGUGCAAACAUCACAAUGCCAGAGUUCCAGAACUUGAUAUUGAGCAAGGCAGAGACUCCAAACUCAAUCCAACCAUGCCCGAUUCUGAUCCAGCUUCUAUUCCUUCGUAUUCUUACCCGCAACCCUUACCUAUGGCAUUGAAUCAAGUAGGCGUACCAUUUCCAAUUGCCUCGCAACCUGAUUUUUCGCCCAGCACGCAAUCGAUUCAGACUACUUCUCAAAAUACGCCUGUACAAUAUCAAAUACCUCAACAGAAUCCACAGUGUCUUCCUAUUACAACGAAUAUGGCUACAGUGUCAGAUCUUCCUGAUUCUCAUGCUUACUACCACUCAUUCCAAUCAUUUUUUCUGAACGAGAGUGGGUAGUCUUUUGGUUCGAAUGUUUGCGUCAUAUUAGCAAUGUAUCUGUAAAUUUGGCGCUUAGAACCUAUUGAGUUGCAUUGUAGAGAGUUAAGAUAUGGGCUCACGCCGGAAUACCGAUAUGAUGAUGGUAUGCAAAAUUGAUCUGAGAUUCCUUGUUUACGGUGUUUUCUUUUGGAAUUUGAAUACAUGGGGUAAUUACUGGUUUCUUUAGUUUUGGAACGGAAGAUUUGGAAGGGGACAGAGAAAAUGGCAAAGAUAAAUGUGUUAAACAGGCAAUAAAAUGAGGUGCUGCAGGAGAUAUGUAUAUCGGAGAAUUGAAAAGUGCGAAUUGCCUAAACUUUAAUGAGAUAGUUCCCGUAUGUGAAUUGACAGGUUCAGCCCAGCCA